AUGGUGCUUGUUACAAUGGAUAUGAACAUGAGCAACGCUUUAAAGAAGGCUGACAUUAUUCCUAAUAUUGUUUCGAAUGAUUUCACGCCUUCUACUCUUUUGGGUAUCAAAUUCCCUAAUGGUGAAGAGGUCGCUUUAGGUAACUUUAUCAAGCCUAGUGACUCACAAGAAGCUCCCGAAGUAACAUUUGUUGCACCUGACGAAAAUGCUAAAUACACUCUUUUAAUGAUUGAUCCUGAUGCCCCUUCAAAGGAAGACCCAAAAUGGGCUCCUUAUCGCCACUGGGUUCUCACCAAUGUCCCCGGCAACGGUGACAUUAAGCAAGCAUCUGCAUUAGAUUCUUACUUGGGACCUGCUCCACCACCCAACACCGGUGACCAUCGUUAUAUCUUCCUGCUUUAUAAGCAGCCCGAGACCGCAGCAAACUAUGCUUUAACCAAAGAAGCUAACAAAUGGGAUUUCCAAGCAUUUACUCAGCAGAACAAUCUUGAACUUAUUGGUGUCAACUAUUUCAUUUCUCGUAAUGAUGAAAAUUAG